AACUGUCAACGAUCGAAACAGCAAAAGCGCGUCCUCGCAUUUUCAAACCGCUUUGUGGCGGUCUCGGUUUCUGGCGAUUUUACCCCAAAAAACGUACGCAUUUCCACCCAAAAUCGGUUCGUUCCGACGGACACUUGCUCGGACCGCACAAACACACCACACCGCAGUCGGAAAUGUCCAAGCGGAAGCCCUCGUUCCGGGUCGACCAGGUUCUGCCGGACGACGAUCGGCUCGGCGCCCGGAGCAACGUCUGGCGCACGAUUAUGGACCGGCAGGGAUUUUUCAGGUGCUCCUUGGCGUUGGUUCAGCGACUUGCGCGCUCCGUUGGCAGCUGGUUCGCGCUGGAUGGUGGUCGCAAACGGAAGCUGGCCCCGGAUCCGGAGGGGGAGGACCCCGGAGAACCGCCACCGAAAUUUUCGAAAAAGGAAGAAUCGGUGGAAUUGGACAUUGACGCGGCUAUAAACUCGCUGGACUAUGAAGUGUCGGACGAUAGCGAAAUCAGCGACGUUGUGGAGUCGGGCGUCGAGGAAGAUUCGGACCAGGAGAACCGCGAGGAGCUGAAUAAGCAGCUGGUGCAGGUGGUCAGUAAACGGAAGCCCAUUUGGCAGCGGAACGGGUUGCACAAGUUGAUGACCAGCAUUGAGGAUCCCACCGUCCAGAUCAACAUGUUGAGCCACGAAAAGGUUGAAAAUUGGCUGCUCAAUCGAUCGGCCGCGGCUGGUUCGUUGAAUCGUGAGAUUUCCCAGGGCCAGGAAACGACCAUUCUGGAGAAGACGGUCGAUGGAGAUCGGAUGAAAUUUCACCGGAAGCAGCAUCUGACGGUGUCUACCAAGGACGACGAGGACUCGCUGUACUCCGUGGACACGGCCAAGUACAUUUUGUCGAACAAGAACAAAAACAGCCGCAGCCAGAUCAAGGUGUACAAGCAGGUCAUCAAGCAAUACACGAUGAUUUCAACCGCCAACGGAGCCAACGGGACCGCUCAUCCGAAACUGCAUUCGAUCAGUAACUUUCCGGUCAUUCCAGAGGAGCAGCUCUCCCUUUCGGCAAGUCAUGCCGAUGCGCGGCACCGGUCGGACUCGGCGAUCGAAACUGGCGGUGGAACAAGCAUGGAACAAAUGUCCAAACUUGUCAGCGAUCGAGCCCCCUCGAAAUCCUCCAACACUCGAGCUCCUGCCGCAAGCCGCAAGAAGGUCUUCAAGAAAACCAUGAAGAAAAAGCCCACGGCCAAGGAGCGAUCCGUUACGCCGACCAAGCCCCGAACUGCCAACAACAAGUCUUCACCACCAGCCCAAGUCAUGGAACGAGCGCUCCGAAACGGCGCCAAAGUCAAAAAGAUCCCAGCCGAAACACGCACAACAAAGCCAGCUACGACAGCGGCGGCGAAGAACCGUCGAAUCCACUGGAAAGAGACCAGCAUCUCAGGACGAAGUGCAACCCGGGGCAGCUCUCAGAACACCGCCAGCAGCAGCAGCAGUAGCGAUGACGAAGAACACAACGAGGUCUUCACCCGCUCCAAAUCCCGUCAGAAAAGCCCGCCCAAGCGAGAAACUCGACGCCGCCCAACCCGACGAAACAUCGCCUCGUCCAACUCGGAAUCUUCUCCGCCCAAGGCACAAACUCCGCCCAGACGCCAACCAACCCCCACCAAGUCGAAGCAGCUCCGGAGCAAAAAUCUCGAAAAAGACCUCGUCGCGCCCUUCGAAGCCAUCAGCUUGAGCCCCCGCAAGCGGCUGGACCUCACCACAAACAACACCAUCAACCAGACCACGAACAUGACCGCCCUGUUCAGCGGUGCCAACGAGAAGAUCACCAACUCGACGGAAAUCAACGCCACCACCAGCAACCCCGGAGCGACCAGCUUCGCCAACAGCACCGCCAGCAGCAAAGCCGCUCGCAUUCCCGGCUUCCCCGACCAGUCGCGCUGCCUCGUCGUGUACGAACCGCGCCAGAUCCAAACGGAACUCCCCCCGGACGCACGAAUGCGCAUCCAGAUGUCCGAUCUGAAUCUCACCGGGGUGACAAAACCGCGCCACCUGGAAAAGUUCGCCAAGUUCAAUUACUACAUCCACCCAAAUUCGUCGGUGCGGUUCUUCCCGUCGGACUCGGAGGACGACGAGCCGGUGGCGGUGCCGCCGGUAAGCAUUAACAGCUCGGAUGAGGACAUUAGCUACGAUGAUGAUGAUCCGAUUCUGACGUUUAAUCCGCGCUACACGGACCGGUUGAACGUGGUCGAGGUGCGGCACGAUUAGGGCGACGGAGGGACGGCGCGGCCAGGUUGCUCGCGAGAGAAAGAGAGACAGUUACGAGUAAUGUUAGAACUAAAACGUGUUGUAAGUUUAUGAUAGUUUUAUUUCGUAAGAUGUAUGAUUCACUAGCAAUUUAAUAGAAAUUUGACAUUUCAUGACCGAUUA